AACAAUAAUCUAAAUUUUUCCUGAAACAAAAAUAACAAAAAAUAUUCUAAUUAAUCUAUUUUAUUUCAUAAGGCUUGAGAUCAUGGUGACUAUAAGUAAAAUACUUUAUGUGUUGUCCCAGUGGCUGAUAGGUUUAGGCUUUUCACUUAUUCACACUUUUCACAUUUCACGGCUCUACGAAAAUCAGUCAAAAUUUUCUCAUUUAUCAACACGGGAACGUGAACUUCAAUUGAGCCCUACAGAAGCUUUCUAUUAUCAAUUCUUCAAACGUAUCAUCGAAGCAAGAACUUUUGAAGAAGGAAUUGAUCGACUCGUGUUUGAUAACUUGACUGAAUAUUCUGAGGGUCUCACAAUAAAUUCAAUUAAAAAGUUUCACAUUCUACCUGAAGUUACGAUGGGUUUUCUUUAUCGUAACUUCAUUCAACUUUCAAGCUCAUUGAACAUUCCAACAGUUAAUUGUUAUUAUGUUGAACCAGAUGAACAUUCUUCAAUCGAUGAUCCAAAAGUGUUCAUCAACUGUGAGGGACUUGGAGAGCCAAUUUUCUUCUACCUCGCUGUUGUAUGGAGUUUAUCUGCAAUCACUGUGUUCCUUCUUUACAUGUACGGAUAUUUUCUUCAUCGUCAUGUUAUCGGAGGUUGUGCUGUUAUAAUUUACUACUUUUGUGUUCAUGAAAAUGCCACAAAUGUCCAUAGAGCGCCUAUGAUGAGGCAUAACUUUGCAAUUCCAUUCAUCGUCUGGCAAACAUUUUAUCUUAAUUUAUAUGUUGAUAGACACCAGAAUAGAAAAGAUCGAACAAUUCAUCAAAGAAGUUAUGAGAUGAUCAUCAGUUUGAUAUUUUUUACGACAUUGGCAAAUGUUUUCUGGGACAUGUCAUCGAAAAUUUUCCUAGCACAAACUUUUGCUGUUUUUAUUCUUCUUCAAUGUAAUGACAAUGCUGGAAAUUCUUACAUAAACACGGGACUUGCUUUGGAUUACGCCAUCACUCAAGUAAUUUCAAACUGGCUGAGCUACUGCUUGAUGUAUGGCAACAUGAAGUUCCUGACUUGUGGAAAUAUGAGUGUCAAUGUUGCUUUGAUCAUUUAUAUUGUUCGAAUAACAGUGAUGAAAAUUCCUUCAGACGACGAAAAUCCACAUCUUCGAUCACCAUUAAGAAGGUUCAUUUACACUUUUUUCUUCUUCGUGACAACUUCGUGGUUUGUUCAAGAUUUAAUGGAUCGCUUUGUACCUCAAAGUUUUCAAACUGAUGGAACUCUUUUGUACAGUUUGGAUACGUUCCUUACAUUGAUUUAUUUAAAGUUGCCAACAUUCUACACAAUGCUCAUGUUAUAUCAAGAAAAUUCAUUUCUUGAAACAAUUUCCAUCGGAACAAUUCGACUUUAUUGCAUCGUAUUUAUUUUUAAAAAUCUCUCGAUUUAUGUUGCAAUCAAAUUUUAUGAUUUGCUUCAUCAGAAGACAGCAGUCAGUCAAGAAAUGGCUUCUGAAAUGCAAGAGAGAGUGAAGAAUUAUGUGAUUGAAGAUUUCCUUGAAACGAGUGGAAUAUCAAUGAGAGAUUUAUCAGACCCAAAGACCGAAAAACGAAUUCAAAAAGAUCUCGAUUUACUUGAAGAGCUCAAUUAUAAUUAUGAAGUUUACAAACGUCACAAAAAGAAUCAAAAGAUUGACACGAAAAUCGAGAAGGAAAACUUUUUAAACGACAUAAGAAAACUUAAAACGCAAAUUCAAAAGGGAGAAAAAUCAUCAGAAAUUGUUGAUGAAAGUGAAGUUGAGAGAACGAAGAGUGAAGUUAAUGAAAGCAAUGAAAAAAGUGAUGAAAUGAAUGAAGACGAGGUUGAUGAAACAAAUCAAUCGACGAAGGAAAAUCUUGAAGAUUCUUUGUACAAUGUUCAACCGUUCUACGCUUUUGCUUUUCUACAAACUUUCACAUUGUUUUUCUUGGCACUUAAAUUCGUUGUGACGCCUUUCCUAUGUUUGUUAAGUGCAACUGUUCCAUCGAAAUCGUGGUUCAAACGAUCAACGUCGGUUUAUUGGGUGUUUUAUCUCUUCGUCGUCAUGUGGUCUUUCAACUAUCCUGGAUAUAAAAAUAUUCAAGCUCAAUAUCAACAAAAAAAUGAAUUUCGUAAUCCAGAACUUGAAAGUUUGCUUCAUUGGAUUGACAAGACUGAUUCGAAUGCUGUGUUCGGUGCACCGAUUGAGAUUGCAGCUCAUAUUCUACUCACAACUAAACGUCCUUUAGUUAACCAUCCAUUGAUUGAAUAUCCUGAAAUGAUUGACCGAACAAGAAGUUUGUACACGAUUUUCAGUAAAAGACUUUCAACUGAAGUUUAUAAUCAAUUAGUUAAGCUUAGAGUUCAAUACGUUGUUAUAUCAUAUGAAAGUUGCUUCAUGGGUUCACAAGAUGGAAUACGACUCAUUGAUAUUUAUGAUUACCUCGAGCCAGAAAACUAUGAUAAGAAAGCUUUUUGUGUGAGUCUUUUCCAAAAGCAUCAUCCAACGUUUCUGAAAGUAUUUGAGAAUGUCAAAUAUAUUGUCGUUCAGAUAUUCUCGCAAUCAAUUCAGUUAGAAUUAAAAAAGAAAAACGUUUUAGAAUUACAAAUGUAGUGAGUUAAUUAAAACUUUUUUGUAAGAUAAAUAAACAACUUGUAAUCAACCAGAAAAAUGACUAUG